GAGAAUAGGAAGCGGUGUUUAGGUGCGUGAGGCCGGCGCAUGGCGGAUGCUGCGCUGUUCGAGUUCCUGCACGCGGAGAUGGUGGCGGAACUGGGCACUCGCGACCCCGACCCCGACCCCGACCCCGGCCCGGGGGGACAGAAGAGGAGCCUCUCCAUCCUGGAGGGCAUAGGCUUCCGCGUGGGCCAGGCUCUGGGCGAGAGUGUCUGCCCCUGCCCUGCCAGGCUGCCCCAGGAGACGCUGGCCCUCAGGGAGGAACUGGAUGUCCUCAAGUUCCUGUGCAAAGACCUGUGGGUUUCCGUGUUCCAAAAGCAGAUAGACGGCCUCUGCACCAACCACCAGGGGACCUAUGUCCUACAGGACAACAACUUCCCUCUCUUCAUCCGGAUGGCCUUGGGCCCACAGUAUCUGGAGGAGGCACCCAAGUUCCUGGCCUUCACCUGCGGCCUCCUGCAAGGCACCCUCCAUAUCCUAGGCUUCGAGAGCUUGGUCACCUCCUCCAUGGCAACCCUGCCUGCCUGUAAGUUCCAGGUGGUGAUCCAGAAAUCCUAAGGAGCCCCAGGCCACUGCCAGUGGAGCCUCAUAGCUGCCCUGUCCCUCACCCCCCAGGGCACAGCAUACAUCUUGGCCCAACGCCCCCCAGCCGCUGCCUUUGGGGCUGGUGCUGGGGCUUCCAGGCUCUGGAGUCACACAUGCUCAGGAAGGGGGUGUCAACGGGAGGUGGGAGCAUCCCAGGAGGCAAUAAAGGUUCUGUUUGUGGAAUAAGA